GAGACAAUGGAGAGGCCUUCCUUGGAAUUUAACCUGCCUGAUACUCAUGGAGAAGGAAAACUUUAUGUAGUUGAUUCCCUAAACAACCUAAACAAGCUAAAUGUUUGUCCAGCUGAGUCCCACCAUUCACUAGACCAGGAAGACAACACGGGUGGUGCUGGAGAAAGUAUGGCAGGGAGCAACGCAGGAAACCAGCGUUUGUUCUUCGUCACCUUUGUUCUUACUCUGACCGUCAGUUUGGCGCUUGUUUCAUUUGUAAUAUUCUUAAUAUUUCAAACUAGAAAUGAGGUGGACCAAAUAUCAAGCAGACUACUAUCUGAAAAGAAGAACAUAGAAGAGCUGAAGAAACUUAACAAUAUUAUAUUAAAGCAUCUGAAUCAAUCCAGAAUUAAGGAAAAGCCUUCUGAUCUUCGUGCUUACUUUUUCACCCAUGCUGAGCUCAAAGUCCCUGGAGAAUAAAUCUUCUUUGGAAAGAAAUUCAGCAUAUUCAUAGCUCAGACAUGUUCACAUAUGGCACACAGGCCGCUGAAACAUGCUUGCUGAAACAUUGCUGGAAAAGCCAGCUGAAUGAAAAACAUUAGCAAUUAGUAUUUUACCCUGUUUUUUGUGAACAUAGAUUUGUAAUAGCAAGCCCAUAGGAUUCACAAUAAACAAUGGAUUGUCAGUCUGGGCAAAACUUCCAGAUUCCCUGUGCAUUGUAAAUCACAGGGGCAAGGGCCUAGUUUCACUUUAAUUGUAAGUUAAUGAUCACAGAAAAUCAUGAGUUCUAUUCACAUGAUUCCAGCAUGACCUUGUUCACUUAUUCAUUCUUCUGUUACCUUUGUACAAGCUUUCUGUUUGUUUCUAUUGCUAUUUGUAAUUAAGGAUAACUUUGGAUUUCAUAACUUAUAAAUAAAUCCAUUUAUGUU